AGUAUGUUGGUAAUGGUUUUCUUUGACAAAAUCGCCAUGGUGUGAUGCCGACGUAGAAAGAAUGCGAGGCACUUCUUUCGCGUCACGCUUUCGCACGUCCUGCUGCAACGUGUAUGAUGAAGCGAGAAAAACAUCUCUCUCGUUCUGCUUGCUGAUCUACAUCUUCGCAAGAGUGGUGCUGCGUUGCCACGCAAAGAGUACUUAGUCGAAAGAUGAACCUGUCCGUAUUUUUUGCACUUUUGACCCUCGUCGGCUGGUGUGGCACGGCACUGUACGAGCAGGUUUUCAAUGUGGCGCACCCGCUAGCCGACAUCACCGCAAACUGGCUGCAGGGGCGCCCGGAUCCUCUCGCGACCCUGGGCUUCGAUCGGAGUGCUUUGGAAAAGCUACAAGAAGCCAAGUGGCAGCAGGCGCUUGAGGUACUAGGUUGUAGUUUUUUUGACCUUUAUUUAUUUGCAGCUCAAGAUGAAAAUGCAGCAGUUUUCGAUUCAACAGAAAGCUUUGACGUUCUUCUCACAGAUGUUGAUGUGCUACUAACAUCUCAAUUCAGGUGGCCAUCGAGAAACUGAUAGAUCGACAACCGGAGCGCGGAGCGGAAAUUCAGAAUGCGUUUUUGCUGUUAUCUGACGCGGGCGUCCGCGUGUCCUUCUUCGAGCAGCGCAUUGCCAUCGAGGGGGCGGUCCGCUCGCUCCUCGCCCUUGCAGCGCUUGUGUCAGCGGGACUGGUGUGUCUGUAUCUCCGGGUGUUUUACUUGCAAGUUGUGCACCGCGCGGAGCCCUCCUACCUUUCCCAAUCCGGCUCUACAACUUCUCCGGCGCAACAUCAUCCAAACGCUAUUGCGCGGGGCAGCAACGCCGAGCAUGCGGGAGGCCGGAU